AUGGCUCCAGGGUAUAGCAGACGCGAUGUCGAGAUCCUGAGAGUAUGGCUAGAUUCGGACGAGGUGAAAGACUACAUUACUGCAUGCGAUGAGAGGAACGGGAAUUAUGCAUUCCACAAGGCAAGGUGUAGGCAGCAAUUUGCUAAACUAUUCUAUGACAAUAUCAGAGAAAGUGGUGAACUAAAAUACCCCGGGGCCCUCUGGAUUAUGGCUAUUAUUGGUCGAAUUCUAGCCGCCUUUCUAAGGAAAUCAGCACUUGAAAUUAUAACAAGUAGCAGCGACUGGAAUGGGGCCUAUUGGCUCGGGGAACUUAUAAGUUUAUUUAGUAUGGGGCUGCAAUUAGUUAUUGCUUACAACUCGAGGUGGAGUACCACCGCAACCCGUACCAUGAUAUUGGUAUGUACCUUUAUCUCUCACCUGACGGACUCUAUUUUCGCAUGCUACCUUGGGUCUAGAGAAGAUAAGGCCUUCUUCAACGGCAUAUCCUAUGUGUCAAGGAUUGGUAGCGAGCUGGUCAUCACAAUUAUAGGCUGCUGGGGUAUGAUACGUACCACGCAGCCCCAAGAAGUGGACAAAGCCGAAUACCUGAACAGGUGGAUUAAGCUGCCCGUUGACUACAAGUAUUGGGCCGAAAGCUCUCUCGCUAACCACCGCGACGAAACAAUCUUCCAGAAAUUGCCUCGCCGCGGUCGCGGACCAAUCAUACAAACUCUGCCGAGAGCCCUUCCGCCGUUGGCCCAUUAG